GCAGCUUUUUUUUUUUUUUUUUAUACCAAGAACAUGGCUCUCCUGCGCAGAACAUUUCCAACCCUGUUUCUUCACCUCUGCCUCCUCCACUGGAGCGCGUGGGCCAAGGUGGAGCUGACUAUGCAUGAGGCUGUUGAGGUGUACUUGGGUGACUCGGCUCAGAUCCCCUGCCAGUACAGCUUCACUGAUGCCGACAACGAGCCCAGCUUUGUCAUGAUCCAGUGGUUUGUGAGAGCUGCAGGUAACAGCGCACGGAUGCGGAUCUUCUACGGCGACGGCAGUCAGCAGAUGGUGGACAACAACACCGACUACAGCGGUCGCAUCGAGGUGACUUCAGACCAGCAGGGAACUCGACUCACCAUCCAGGAUGUCCAGCUCUACGACGAGAGGGAGUUCUUCUGCCAGGUUAACGGGCUGGCUGCCGGGAACGCCGAGGGCAAGACCCACCUUAGAGUGUUUGCUCCUCCAGAGGCUCCAGUGAUUGAGGGUGUCCCUACUGGAAUAUCCAUAAAAGAGGGUCCAUCUAAGGUUGCAUCAUGUGAGGCUCGCAACGGCUUCCCUAAACCCAACAUCACAUGGUACAGGAACAGCAUGCCACUGGUGUCUACACCAGGACAUGUGAACAUGUUGAUCCUGGUAACCCAGCAGUCCAGCAACUUCGUCACUGUCCAGAACACACUGGAGUACAAGGUGGUUAAGGAGGACAAGGAUGCCCAUUUCUCCUGUGAGGUCAGCUUCUUUGUCCCCGGAGCCAUCAGGACAGUAGAGUCCAACAACAUCAACAUCACUGUUCACUACCCCACCACCAUGGUGGAGCUGUGGAAGGAGUCGCCCCAGGGCUUGGUCAAAGAGGGGGAUAGUGUGGAGCUGCGUUGCCAGGGUGAUGGCAACCCCCCGCCGUCCUUCAUUUUCAACAGAGAACAAGAGCUGGAUGUGAACUUGGAGAGCACCCACGAUGAUGUGUUGACUCUGUCACCUGUGUCACGGAAAGACAGUGGCAUCUACCAGUGUCGUCCUGUGGACAGCGACGACUACAGCGACGUCAAAGGAGAAAUGCAGCUCACCGUUCACUAUUUGGACCCAGCUGUGGUUGUACCUAAAGACUCAGAGUUCAUGUUCAAAGGCGAAGAUCUGACUGCAACCUGCAACGCUCUGUCUUCCCUUAAAACAGUCACUGUCUGGUAUAAGGAUGGGAAGCAGGUGGGUGUGGGGAACACAUUGCACCUGAAGGACGCCACCUAUGAAACAUCAGGAGAGUACAUCUGUGAGGUGACCGUUCCCUCCCUGCCCGCCCUGCACACCAGCGGCUCCGUCCACAUCAUCGUACAAGGUGGUCCCCAGUUGGUGGGAGCGGAGCAGGAGGUGCAGCUGGAGGAGGCAACCGGCAGGAUGGUGAACCUGAGCUGUGAGGCUCGGGGACAUCCGCUGCCCAGCAUCUCCUGGAACAUCAUCGGCAGCCAGAACUGGAACGAGGUGGUGAGCAAAACAAACGAGCACAUGACUCACAGCGUGGUGUCAGUCAAAGUCACCUCGGACAUCAGCGCUUUGUGCAACGCUUCCAAUGACAUGGGGACCGAAGUCAAGGCUUUCAGCAUCAAAGCCAUUCCCAGAUUCACCUCAGCUGCUCCCUUCUCUCCUGCCGAGGGCAAUGGGGUGAUCAUCGUGGUGAUCAUACUGUGUCUGCUGCUGCUCGCCAUCCUCGGCAGCGUUCUCUACUUUCUGCAUAAGAAGGGGAAGAUCCCCUGUGGACGCUCGGGGAAACAGGAGAUCACCAAAGAGAAGACCACCAAAGAUGACAUCGUCGUGGAGAUGAAGACCGACACGAAGAAUGAGGAAGCUGUCCUCCUAAAGGCUGUCAACGGAGACAAAAAGGGCCCUAAUGACCAGAUUCGAGGUCUACAGAGCUGA